CUCUCUCUCUCUUGUUUCCUUGAUCGUUGGCGUGACUUGAUCCUGCUUGUGAUCUAAGCUUGAGAAAUAUGAAGUCUGAAUGUAUCAAUGAGUCGACGAGGAAUCGCAGGCCGAGUGGAAACAGGUCCAAGAUACCGCAAGAAACUCAUGCUGUGGUUGCACUACAAGCUCUGGGAGGCCGGCCUUGGAAAAGCUGAAGGGUAUUCUGCUUUGUUGCUUUUGGAAAGUGCACGCGUAUGGACUCUCUUUUCACCCCCAUUAGCGGAAAAAAAGAAGCUACUUUGGUUGGUUUCAAAUGCACUCUCUUUUCUGUUACUGCAUAUGAUUUUCGAGCUUCAAUCAACAACCAGCUCUCUUCUUUGUCUUGCUUUAAGGGCGUCUCGAGGGGACUUUGUUGCAGAGACAUUUUGGCAUUCUGUCCACCUCCAUGAUUCCUGCAUAUGAUAAUGAAGGUCGAAUUCUGAGUGUUUGGAGGUGGCCGGUAUACCAAACUGUCUCUGUAAAUUUCUCCUUGAGAAACCUUGUCUGUGAGUGUACAAGGUUGUGGAGGUGGUUGGGUGUUAUAAGCUGACUGGAUAUAUACCCAAAGAAGUUGAAAGUCCAGUAGCAAGAGCUCAAGAUAUACCCAAAGAAGCUGGGUAAUUUUUGUCGUAAACUCGACGCCAAUGGCGUCGAAGCCCCCCAUCAGAAGUACUAUCAUGGCGUUAGUCAUACGGUUGCCAUGGUUGAGUUUACGGGACUGAAAAUAUUAUGAGUUUUAUAGGGCAUUUGGUUAGUAUAGCGUUUAGAGGGUGGAAUGCUGUUGAGAUGUUUAUGGAAACCAAUCAUUCCCUCAUUUUCAUUUGGUGAUCAAUUUUGAGAGGGUGAGAUUACGAACUCAUCCAACCCUUUUAAGGAUUGAUUAUUCUAGAAUGAGUUUUGAUA